AUGUACGUUGGCUACCUGUUGGACAAGGACGCGGGGAUGUACCACCACCAGAACCCCGUCUCCCGUGGACACCCCGGCCUCAACCUCAACCCGCAGAGCUUCGUCCCCGCCGCGCCGCACUACUCGGAGUUCACUGGAUACCACCACCACGUCCCGGGGAUCAACAACGACCCGCACUCGGCCCAGAACGGGGUCGGGGGUUGGAAUCCGUCCUAUCCUCCUCCUCCGCCGCGGGGUGACGAGUGGCCCUCGCACUAUGGGCAUCACGGGGCCCCCAAUGCGACCCCGACGCCCAACUCCUCCGCGGUGGGGCCCCCGCUUGGGUUCAGCCCUCCGGAGUUCUCAGGGCAGCCCGCGGCACUGCUGCCCGUCUCCAUGAACCCGUCCUCCGGACAGCUGUCGCCCAACGCCCUGCAGAGGAGGAACCCGUACGACUGGAUGCGACGGAACAGCGCGCCGCCCUCCACCUCAAAUGGCAAAACUCGGACCAAAGACAAGUACCGCGUCGUGUACACAGACCACCAGCGGCUGGAGCUGGAGAAGGAGUUCCACUACAGCCGCUACAUCACCAUCAGGAGGAAGGCCGAGCUCGCCACCGCACUCGGGCUAUCAGAGAGACAGGUGAAGAUCUGGUUCCAGAACCGGAGGGCCAAGGAGAGGAAGGUGAACAAAAAGAAACUCCAGCAGCCGGCCUCCUCCACCACCACGCCCAACCUGCCCCACAUCACCCACGGCGGGGGAGUCCUCCACAGCAGCAACAGCAACAUCGCCAUGGUGACGAGCAGCAGCGGGAGCAACGGGUUGAUGUCGCCCUCCUCCAUGCCCAUGAACAUCAAGGAGGAGUACUGAGGAAGAGGAGAAAGGGGACCACGAUGAAGGAUCAACAGAAACAGGGAUACAGAGCAGGAAGAAGGGAAUGAACCAAAGGAGACGAGGAGGAGGAGGAAGAGGAUGGGAUGCAGAGGUACAGGAGCAGAGUGGAGGGAAGGACACAGGGAUGCAAUCGAGGAAGAGGAAGUAUAGAGGAACGAGUGGACACCUGGGAUUAGAGGUCACCUGGAACACACACACACACAAACACAAACACACACACUG